CAGACGUCGGACAUCUUUAUGCAUAUCUCGCUUUGAGCUGACUUUUAGUCUCCCUCUCCUUCUCCUCUUCUUCUUCUCUCUUCUUCUUAAUAUCCUUUCCAUUACGAGCACGCUUCCUCGUGCCCAUAUUGUUGCAAGCCGAGAUUGACCGUACAUCUUGAGAGAGCGAGCACCUUCACCAUGGCUGAUCCCAUCGUCGAAGCGGCACAGAAGCAUCCCGCGCCUGAGGGACUUGUCUAUACCUACGGAACUGCUGGAUUCCGCACCAAAGCCGAUGUUCUUGACUCUGUUCUGACCCGCGUUGGUCUAAUCGCCGCCCUGCGGUCAAGAGCACUGAAAGGGAAAUGGAUUGGCGUCAUGAUUACAGCCUCGCACAACCCCCCUGAGGACAACGGCGUGAAGCUGGUGGAGCCAAUGGGCAACAUGCUCCAAGAAGAGUGGGAGGUCCUAAGCACGGAAAUCGCGAAUCAGUCAACUCCAGAGGACGUCUCCAAGUACUAUCACGAACUUGCGUCCAAGUACAAGAUCGACCUCAAGACACCUGCCCGCGUCGUAGUCGCUCGCGAUACCCGAGCUUCAGGGUCAAGACUGCUUGGAUGCCUGCUUGACGGUCUGACAGCUGCAGGCGCUGAGUCAAAGGACUAUGGCUUCCUGACAACUCCACAGCUGCACUACAUGGUUCGAUGCAUGAACACAGAAGGGACCAAAGAGGCAUACGGCGUGCCUACUGAGAAGGGAUACUACGAGAAGUUUGGUGCAGCCUUCAAAACCGCUUUGAGGGGAAAGAAGCCUUCUGGACACCUGACGGUCGAUUGCGCCAACGGUGUUGGUGGACCCAAGCUGGUAGAGCUAAUCAAGUACCUUCCUUCAAAAGAGGAGGGUCUUGAAAUUGUUGUGGUCAAUGACAAUGUUAUCAAGCCGGAGAGUUUGAACGUCGAUUGUGGCGCCGACUUCGUCAAGACAAACCAGCGCGCUCCUCCAUCAUCGAAGACUGGGCCGGGCGACCGAUGCUGUUCGCUCGACGGCGACGCAGAUCGCGUCGUCUACUACUUCAAGGACUCACAAAACAUCUUCCGUCUACUUGACGGCGACCGAAUUGCCACCCUGGUGGCAUCGUUCCUCGGUGACCUAGUACGCUCCAGUGGACUGGCCGAGGACCUCAAGAUUGGAGUCGUGCAGACCGCAUACGCGAACGGCGCGGCAACAAAGUAUGUCGAGGACACUCUACACCUAAAGGUCGACUGCACAGCUACUGGAGUCAAGUACCUCCACCACGCUGCCGAGAAGCUCGACAUCGGUGUCUACUUUGAGGCCAAUGGCCACGGCACCGUCAUCUUCUCCCACGAUACACUUGAAACCAUCGAGAAGCACGAACCCCGCAGUCCGGGGGAGAAAGAAGCUCUCGACGUGCUACGCGCGUGCAUCAAUCUCAUCAACCAGUCGGUUGGUGACGCACUGUCUGAUUUCCUCCUCGUGGAAGUUGUGCUUGCGCACAAGCGCUGGGGACCGCAGGAGUGGUUGUCAACGUACACCGACCUGCCCAAUCGCCUGCUGAAGGUCAUCGUCAACGACAGGAGGAUCUUCAAAACCACCGAUGCGGAACGCAAACUCACCAGCCCCGACGGCGUCCAAGCGCAAAUCGACAGAGAAGUGCAAAAGGUCCGCCAGGGCCGCUCCUUCGCUCGUGCCUCUGGUACCGAGGACGCCGUCCGCGUAUACGCCGAGGCAGCCACAAAGGCAGAGGCCGAGGACCUUGCUAGGAAGGUAUCCGAGAUUGUCAAAGCUGCGGGUGGUGCUUAGGAGGCCAAAGACCCGAUUCCCCUGCGUGCCCCGCCGCUGCUGUACAGGGAGAAGGAUUUCAUACAAAUCACUACUGACGAGCUGAGCUUGACUGACGAUGAGGUGGAAUGUGCAGCUGAGCUGGAACUGACGAGAGCGAGCUUUGACUUGUAGGACUUGCACAGCAACUAAAAGUUUGAGGGUUGGGGGUAUGCGGAUCCUUCUCAUUUCUUGUUGCAGAGAUGGGCUAGGAUACGGAUAUGAAAAACGAGAGAUGAAAGUUGCAUGGUAGAUAAAAGUCUGUGUUUUAUCUUUGCGAUGAAUGCACCAUCAUUGAGGGCGUGAAGCCUACUGGCUACCUUGAAGCCUGAGCUCAGCCUCGGGAUCGAGCACUGCCAUGUCCCACUCUACUGCCAGGCCUUGACUUUAUAGGGGCUCUAGGGAAGUUUAUCGUCAAUGUCCAGCAUCAGCAUCUCCCUCA